UAGUGUCAUCGACUUUUGUGCAUGUUAAGUCUGGGAUUUUUAAUCUGCUGUUUAUCUUGAGUCGCAGUGUAUUUUUAAGUUCGAUUUAUUUAAACAAGGCAACAAUUGUUUAUGUUGUGAAGUUACAGUUUCUGUACUCAUAAAGAAUCAUUACUUCGAGAAAACAGGAUCGUCGAGCUUGAUCGGUGACACAUCUGUCUGUACCAUACACAGAACAAAGUCUAAACAGGAAAGAAGAGCAUUGCGAAAUUCGGGAAACACCACGUAGCCGAAAGAUGCCCAUAGAUACGCGCGAACUGAUGGAGGCGAUAGCCAUCGUGGCGGAUGAGCGCAAUGUCCGCGUCGCCGUAAAGCAAUCCGGCAAAGGAGCGGCCAUUUGCGCGGCCUGCUCCUUCGCGGGCGGCAUGCUCUUGGGUCCAGUUGGACUGGCGGUAGGCGGGGCAGCAGGCGGAAUCGCUGCCUACAAGAUGACCAGCGGUACCUUCCGACCCCUGGGCGAAGUUAUCCUCAACGAUUUAACCGACACUCAGCGGGAGCAGCUGGUGCAGCACGUGUCCAAGGCCAUAGCCGAGGUACAUCCCACCGAUGUGGUGAUGCUCCUGCCGCUGAUCGUCCAGAACGCCUCCAUCCAGCAGGCGGUGCUCAACACGGUCAUGUCCUUUGUGACCAACGAGCUGCGCAUGCAGAUUGUCGACUGACCUGCUGCUGCUGCACAAAGUGCUAUCAGUGAAAUCUUAGUCAAAAUCGUUGUGAUCUGUGUAGGUUUAUUAAUAAUAAAUACUCUAUAUGUACAUAAA